UUCUCAUUACCAUAAUUCGAUUGUUUGAUACUUACGUGCACACGCGAUCUACCUCUGAAGAUCUUUUUUCGGAUUUUUUAUUCAUCAUGAAAUUCCUUAUUGCCUUCUUCGUUUUCGGUGUGGUUGCUGUUAUCGCCGCCCCAGUUGACGACUCACGAAAUGCCCAAAUUCUUCGAUACGAGAACGAGAAUAUCGGGGUUGAUGGAUACAAAUUCGCAUACGAAACCAGCGACGGAGUCUCACGAUCUGAGGAAGCACAACUGAAAAAUGUUGGAACCGAGAAUGAAGCCUUAGUCGUCCGAGGAACAAUUACAUGGAUAGCUGCUGAUGGACAGUCUUACACAUUGAACUACAUUGCAGAUGAAAAUGGGUUCCAACCCCAAGGUGCUCACUUGCCAGCUUAGUUCUAUUGUUUUAUAAUAUUGUUUUCUACUGAAAUAAAAAAAAAUGUGAUCAAAGUACAUAUA